UUGGUGUCUGUCUGUGCUCGUUUAAUCGGUUAACCGUGACCUGCGUCGAUAUCGUUUGCAGUUUAUAUUUCGUUUAUAAGAAUUAACAAUGAGCUCGACGAGCUCAUCGCUCGAAUCGUGAAAUAGUUCCACGCCAGUUGAUCGUAAACAUGAACGAUACAUUGCAGAUCUUUUACGCCACUUUAUUCAUAUCCGCACUGAGUUUGGCUGUGCGAGCGGACGAGAAAUCUUCGACUUCGAGUUUUGUGAAACCAAAGCAAGGAAUCGUAGAGUCUGACCAUAAUGCUCCACGAAAUUACAAAUUUCACCAAACGAAGCUAUCCAGUCCGAAUGCAAGAAGUUUUAAAAACGGUAGCCCAAAGUCAUCGUCUUAUUACAAGGAUGUCAAAGGUGUUCCACGAGAAUCUUUGGUGAUUGGUCAGCCUUCAUACGAAGGAUUCUUCAAGCAACCCUAUGCUGGCCCAUCGCAAUCUAUUCGUCAGUCCAAUUCACAACUGAAGGAGCAGUCUUCGCCAUAUUUUGGAAACUUGUUCACCAUGUCUGCUGGCUACAAGGUUGCGAAUGACCCUGUGACUGCAAAGCAAUCUCAGCAUCAGAAAUCACCAAUAGGUGUCCACGGUGCAUCAUCCGACACCCAGGUUCCAGUGUACAAGUCUAACUACCAACUACCCAAGCCUCCAGCACAGCAGUUCUACGUGAACGGUUUCCAAAACAAUCCGUACAACAAGGUUGCCGCGCCCAUUCAUCAGGUCCAAAAUGGUCACCAGCUUCUCCCGAAUUUCGCGAAUGUACAAAGUCAAUCGCUGAUCUUACAACCUAUAGAUCAGUUCAACUUCCCAGCCAGAACACCCAAAGUGAACAAUGUGCAGAUGAGUGCGCCCUUCCUGUCGCCCUUUUCCAGUUUUCAAGGCCAAGUGGUACCAAUUUCGACAACAAGGAACAAUCCAUAUUUCCCACAGUACAAGGGUGCCGCGAUACAGGUCUAUCCCAAUAUCGGUGGAUAUUCUUCGGCGGGAUAUCAAACCCUCCAGACGCAACCACAGUUGCACUUUGGUCAUGGAAAUAUUCAACAGGUUCAAACUCCUGGUGGCCAUCGAAACCUUCCGCCCUCGCAGGGUAUUUUAACAGACGUGGAAAUUGUUAAUGGGAAGAAUCCUCCUCCGCCCAAAACGGAUGACACGGACGACGAUGACGAUGACGACGAAGGGUACAAUCCUUCUGACAAGGAAUACCGUCCAAACGCGCAGGACGACGACGACGACGACGACGACGACGAAUCCAAACCAGACAAGCACUCCAAUGCGCCUCUUAUGGAGGGUGACUUCAAGCCUUCGAUAUCUUUCCCUUUCAAGGAAUACGACGAUAAGUUUGGCAAGUACUCGAAUCAGAAUCGCGACGAGGAAGCUGAAGAGAAGCCGUUUACAAAGUAUAGCGAUUUCUCUUCGUCGAGCGAUGACAACGACGAUGAUACGGCGUCUAGAUAUCAUUUCGAGGACACUUCGCCAAAGCCCUAUAACAAGGCUGAAGAUGAAGAGGAAGAGGAAGAUGAAGGUUACGAGAACCAAAGAAAUGAAGACACUUCUGAAGAUACCUCUAGGCUUAGGUACAUCGACAAAGAUAUGGAUGAAGAGUAUGAUGCGUCGUACAGAAGAGAUUCCCCUAAACAGAGCUACCGUUCGAGAUCCUCGCGUAAGGAUAAAGACAUCUACGGAUCUCAAGAUGCUGUAGGCCAAGGAAGUCGUACAAGUUUCAAAUACCAUAAAUCUCCGCAAGGCUUCAAGGAUAACGAAGGAUAUGGUUCUGACGUCUUUGCGUUCGAAGGAGGCUUUGGACACAAAAUUCCUAAGAAAAUAAAAAUCUUCAGCUCUGCGAAAGGCACCGCUAAUUGAAUAAGAGUAGCAAGCACAGGAUGUAGCAUAAAAACUAGUUUAAACGUUGUUAUAAAAUUUGUAUCGUUAUAUAUGUUUGUAUAUACGUUCUGCAU